AUGCGGCAGCUAGGGCAUGGUACCAACGGCAGCACACCCGCUGGGGCCGGCGAUGAGAUGGGCGGCGAGAAAAGGGCUAAUGCUGGAGGUGGAGGAGAAGCGCUCUCGAUCCAAUCACCGGGCGGCCGCGUUCUGCGUUGGUGCCAGCUUCUUCGGCGGCCGGCGACCGGCGACGCUGCUCCACCUCUCGCCCUCCUCUCCCAGUCAAGCUACGCUCCAAGUGAUGACAGCGAGGAAGUGAGGGAACUUGAGGCCAAUCUAAUUCCAGUUGACAGUGAUGAAGCUGACUCUGACACUAUUAAUCGUCAUAGUCCUAAAGUUGACUUGGAAGGCAAUUCUUUAAACAAGAAGUGCAAGCACGUGUCAUCUUCACCUUCCAAGAAGCCAACUAAGGGGAAAGCAAACAAGAAGGGCAAGAUAUCUAAUGAUGAUAUGGCAGCCAGUAUCAAGAAGCUAGCUGACUCUCUUGCAUCUCCUAUUGUUUCUGUGCAACCAAUGCCACCUACAGAUCCAUAUGCAAACCUUUGGAAGCGGAUAAAUGCCCUUACCAUACCAGCUAAGGAUAAACUUGAGAUUGUAGCAUAUCUAUCCAAGCCAGAUCAAGAUAUCUUUCGUAGUUACCUCAACUAUGCUGAUGAAACAAUUCUUGGACAGUGGGUCCUUAGCUUCUUCGAGCCUCGGUUUCAAGAAGAUGGUGGCAAUGGUGGAUCUGCAACUGCUCACUGAAUGGCCACAUGACUAGAUAGAGAUUGCGGCUUCCUUUUGUUUACCGCUAGGAGCAUGGGUAACAUACAUCAUGCAUAUUUUGUCUAUAUAGAGAAGGCUGGGUGCAUCAUAUUUUGUUUAUAUGGAGCAGACUUGGUGCUAGUCUGACUAGUAUGACUUACUUGGUCUGGUAAAGACUUGGUUACUAUGUGAAUUUUAUUUAGCCUCCUUGAUGAUUAAUCUGAUGUA